GAUGUUUACGUCUGUCGUGAAAGUAGGUCACAGUGAAAUGUGACAGUUAGCUGGCGGACGGGAGCCGAUUGCUUUCACAGAUACAUGCUUCACUGUGUCAUUCUAGCACCUUUAGGUGUAAGGGACACCGGCGAUCUAUAGGGCACCCCUAAAAGACUGUUGAGGAGGCCCCUGGUUGGCAUGUCGAGGCGGAGCAGAAACAGUAGAGCUUGGAGGUACGUGUGGAGCGGAAUCCGACGGGAUGCAGAUGCAAGAACUUUAGUGAUCACCUCCGAAAGUGAGGACUGGAGUUAUGAUCGGCAGCAGCAGUACAGUGACUCUGAUUCCGAAGCGGAGUAUCCGGCCCUUGUGCCGGCAGUUCCGAGCGCCGUGCCCGUUACAGGAGAGUCGUACUGCAGCUGUGACUCGCAGAUGGAGCUCAGCUGUAACUCGCGGCUCCGAGGUUACACACACUUACGAGACUGCCACUGUGGAGAAGACGACCAAGAUUUUGACUGGGUGUGGGAUGAGGGCAGCCGGUCUUCUGCAACACUGUUAAGCUGUGAGAACAGAAAAGUGAGCUUCCAUUCAGAAUAUAGCUGUGGAACAGCAGCCAUUCGUGGCUCCAAAGAACUCACGGAGGGACAACAUUUCUGGGAGAUUAAAAUGACUUCCCCUGUCUACGGCACAGACAUGAUGGUAGGUAUUGGUACAUCAGAUGUGAAUCUGGACAAAUAUAGACAUACGUUCUGCAGCCUGCUGGGUAAAGAUGAAGACAGCUGGGGUCUGUCAUAUACAGGUCUGUUGCAUCAUAAUGGUGAUAAAGUUUGCUUUUCAACACGUUUCGGCCAGGGUUCCAUUAUCGGUGUUCACUUGGACACUUGGCAUGGAACCCUCACCUUCUUUAAGAAUCGCAAAUGCAUCGGUAUUGCAGCAACAGAGAUGAAGAAUAAGCAAGUGUUUCCGAUGGCAUGUUCCACUGCUGCCAAAAGCAGCAUGAAGGUGAUUCGCUCCGUCUCUGCCCCCACCUCACUACAAUAUCUUUGUUGCUCUCGUCUCCGCAAGCUGCUCCCCUCUGGAGUUGACGCACUUCGAGUUCUGCCCCUCCCGCCUGGCCUCAGACACCUUCUGCACUCCAAACUGGGAUGGGUGCUAAGCUUGGAUCACACGCAUCCACAUGCACACUCUUACGCACACAGCUCGCCAGGGCCCUCCUCGGGUAGUGACUCCGAGGGCUGCUCCUCAGACCCCGAGGCCUGCCAGCGGAAACGUUGCCGCUGGACCUGAGGCUAUGUCUACGCCUCAUCCACUCACCCUGCACACGUUAAAAUGUCUCGACAAACAAAAAGAACCCACGCAUUAACAUUGGACGUGUGCCGUCCUACAAAGGUGGAUGAUAAAGUUUGCUGAAUAACUUUGAAAAACAUUGAAGGUCUUUCGAGCCAGUUUAACUAGUUGUAUUGUUGGUAAGUAUUCAUUCUUCAGUGUUCAAAAGGUUGUUUGACCCUUCAGGUUCAUAUUGAUGUACUGAAUAACGGUAUUCAGAGUCAUUUUUUAUUCUGUACUGAUGUUCCAGAUACACAGUCGAAUGAAGUUCAUCAGCUUUUCAAAAAAAGAUAUGCACCUUGUGAACUUGUUUUCAUGUGGGGAACAAAAACAUUACCAUUUGAAACUUAGGCAAACAUCGAUACUGUGUACUUUGUGCGCAGAGACCCAUUUACACACACAUAAACAAUCAUGUCAUGACAACAUGCCAGCUUCAGUGAACUAUAAAUUGCUCCGUUUGUUCUCCUCUCAUCUCCCGGGGGCAGAAAAUGUAACUUGAUCAUAGAAAGUGAUGCAUAUAACUCAUGUCAUUCUCCAGGACAGGCCAGUUAAACAUCUCUGCAUGUGCCAUGGUCUGUUCCAACUUUAUAUUUGAUCUGUUAAACAAUCAUUUUGUGUUUUAUUAUUAUUUUACUAACAAACUUGAAGUUUCCAACAGACUGUAAGUGAAUUAAUAACAGUGACGUCAUCAUGAAUAUUGUCUAAAAAAAAGUGUUUUAAAUUCCAUGAAAUGAUGAGGAAAAAUGUCUGUGACAGUUUUUUUUUUCUCUUUAGGAAAUACUUGGGGCCCUUGUCAUUGCUCACAUGUGUGGUAUGUAGGCUAUAUUUGAACAGUAUUUCCAGAGAAUUUUGUUUUCCUAAGAAUAUCUUGAUUCAGUUGUUAAACUGACUGAUCCUGACUAAAUUUGCGGUUAAUUCAGUUUUCAGUCUGUGCAACAUCUCUACAUGAGGUUCAUAUUGAAUUCUUAAAGGGUUUUAUUGCAGGUUUUGUAAUUCAUUGUAAAGAAAGCAAAUCAUGUUUUUGUUAUGCAUAAAAGCACUUUCUCGCUUAUUUUAUGUAUAGAAGUAUAUAGAUAUACAGGUCCCCUGUACUGUGCUCGACGCUAAUUGUAUGUCAUAAGCGCUCUCAUUCACUCUCAUUUUCUCUUUGUCUCUCUCCUUCUACCGUACAUUGAGCAUGGCCUUUUAUAUGAAUCAUAAAAAAAUUAGGAAAAUGAUAUGCAUUGAAAAGGAGUGGGAUAUGGUUUUGUUUUCUUUUUGAAAUCUUAAUAAAGGUUUCCAAAAGUCAAUUGAAGUGUAGCUUUUACUGCAAUUAAUUUGAACUACAAUGUUCAACUGAACCGCAUCUUUUGGAUUAUGCAUUUUUGACCAAAUUGGGCAGACCGAUAUAUCGGUUUUGAGGUUUAUUUAUAUAUAUAUAUAUAAGUUAUCCGCAACAAUCGAUUUUUCCGAUAACUGAUAGUACAGGUGUUGUACCUAAUUCUGACUGCCUGGCUGGAGCAUAACCCCUUCGCGUGGACGCGCACAGUAACGCUGUGUUUCCCCUACAUGGCAGUAAAACUCGGAAAAUUCGUUCAAAGGCUUCACUUUGUUCAGUUGAGUGGGCAAAUCACGUUGUUGUAACUGUAGAUGGCACCAUAGACUCAGAAAUUGAACAAGGGCUUUCAAACCUCAUCAAUUCAAACGUCUUUGCCAAACGUGCAUUUGGCCGCAGUUAUACUGGUGUUUCUACACAACUCAUGUCAUUUAACACGUUGAUGGUAAUUUGAGGUCAUUUUCUUAGUCAGCUUGAAAGUAAAAUCAGUAUGAGUAGAAUUUUACGCUACAGUGUCAGCUGCUCACAAAAUAAUUACAUAUUUCAAAUUCAAAAUUGUAUUUGUCAUUAUUACACACUACUAACUCAUGCAAUGAAACAAUAUUGUACAAAUUCACCAAUUUGUGUGUUUAACGUGCAUGAUAAUUUUUUUUCUUUUAUAAACCUGUUUUAAAUGAUGCAUGAAGUAGUCACAGGAAAUGUGCUGAAAUUGCUUAUCUAACAACAUUGAGUAAAAAAAACAACAACAACAUCAUAUACCAGAAUAAUAUCUGUUUAAUGUGGACAGUCAUUUUCAGCACCUAUCUAGAUUCGAACUCCCUCAUUCUUCUGCCUGGAUGCUCAGAUAUUCAUAAAAAAUAGGGUUGGUAAAUUAACACAGGUAACACUAAGUCAAAUGAAGCAUGCUGGCAGCUGGUUUUACUUGCUUAUUUUGAUUAUUGGGGGGGGGUUUAAUCAUUAAAAACUUUAUUAGUUAGGAAAUAAGGAUAUAUGUAUACACAUUCAAUUAUAGCAUGUUAAAUCAACAAUUUCUUUUCAAAUGAAGUCAUUUCAAUGUACAAAAAAAUAAAAAAAAUAAAAUCUAUAUAAAAGGUUAUACAAUCUUAUUAAUAUUUCAAUAUCUACUAUGUACAGACCUGUAAAUAAUAGAAGCCCAUAAUAUUAAUUGAAGGGAUGUUAUAAUAGCAAUAUUAUGAAAUCAGAUAAAAUAAGUCAAAUCAAUUAACCUGUAGGUUAUACUGAUGUUUUAAAUGUGAAUCUAAUGCACAGAAUUAAUAAACAAUAACCUCAUGAAUUAGAAUAAUUAUUAAAUUAAAUAAUAAUAACACCACCAACUGGCCACCAUAACACCCUGCCACUGGGGUCUUCAGCCCCAGUUCUGAGGGGUGCAUACAAUAUUACCCCAUGGGUCUAAUUUUACAUUUUCACUUCAAACAAAAAGUAAUAUUUUUUUGGCCCACAAAUCUAUAUACAUUUCUGUGUCCACAAAACGUUUAAUAUUCAGCAUGACCAAAUGUUACAUAACACUUUUUUUGCAGUGACACACAAUUUAAUCAAUUAACCUCUUACCCUUUAGGAAGGGUAAAGCAAUGUUUUAUAAAAUUGAAUUGUGUAUCUGGACAGAAAGUUAGCUAUGGACUGAUUAUAAAUAUCUGUAAGACAGUUAUUUGCAUUUUUUAAUUACUUUGCUACUGUAAAAGAGGGGUGCAUUUUCAAAACAUUACUAUUAAACUAAUCUAAUUCUUAAAUCUCUAUAAGCUAUUAAUUUAUUUUUAAAUAACAGUGCUGUGUUGUGUGGUCCAUUUAAACAUGAGUGACCCCCUUGGAAACCAUGGAAAUACAUCUAAUUGGAUACAUUUCUGUGUCUUCUUCAUGGUCUUCAUCUUCCUCUUCCUCUCUUUGUUCAUUCAUGUUCUAUUUUUGGUUUACAAUGAAAAAUUGUGUCUUUUAUAUAUUUGAGACAAUGAUGAAUUGUUAUUGUUUGAUUUUGGUACAUGUUUGUUUGAGUUUGCACUGGUGAGACAUGUUUUCUAUACAGAAAUCAUUUCUGUAUAAGCUAAUUUGUGAUAUGAUUUUAGAUUUCAGUGUGUUUACCAUGAUAAAUGUUCUAGACAACACUUUGAGAGGGACUAUUACCUAAUGGACCUCCACUACACAAAGUCAUAGAUUGUGUUAUCUCUCUUGCAGUCUAUGAAGACAAACUGCAAAGGCUCACACACACUUUAAAGAUUAAGAUAAUGUAAACAAUUGUGGAUAUUGUUUACAAAAUUGUUUAAUUGUCUAGCAAUACAAUAAAAAGAUUUAACCCAUUUUGAAAAAUAUUUAAGCACCCAGACAGAAGAAGGGAGGUAGAAUCCAGUCAGGUGGGAAAAUGUGACUGUCUAUGUCAAAAGAGUUAAAUGCAGUAUGGGACAUGAAGUGUUGCUUAUGUUAAUAUACCAAACCUAUUAUUAUUACUAUCUGAGCAUCCAGACAGAAGAAUAAGGGCGGUAGAAUCCAGGCAGGUGGGAAAAUAUUACCUUUCCCAGUUAUUACCCCCCUGAAUAAUAAGACUGUCUAUGUCAGAGUCAAAUGCUCUAUAGGACAUACAGUGUUGCAUUUAUUAAUCCACCAAACCAAUUUUUAUGAAUUUCUGAGCAUCUAGACAGAAGAAUGAGGGAGGUGGGAAAAUAUGAUAUUUCCCAGUUUUUACCCCCCUGACUUUCCAUGUCAAAAAAGUAAAAUGCUUUAUGGGACAUACAGUGUUGCUUGUUUUAAUCAUUCAAACCUAUUGUUAUGACUAUUUGAGCAUCCAGCCAGAAGAAUGAGGGAGGUAGAAUCAAGGCAUGGGGUUAAAAAUAACUCCCUCCAGUUGUUACCCUGAAUAAAAACACUGUCUAUGACAAAAUAAUCAAAUGCAGUA